GAGACUCUUUGGCGUGUGGGCGGUGAAGGCGGUGAGUGCAUAGUUGAGGGUGGCGAACGUGGCGAGCGUGGCGUGACCUCCCGUCCAGCGGCACAACGUGAGAACAGAGGUCAAGAAGACGUGUUCUGACGACGCAGUUUGGAGGUGGAACCGUCACCCGGCCGAAUCCGCGGCUCUGGUCGCAGUGACCGCGGCGAGGCCGCUAGGGGCCGCUAGGGGCCGCCCUGCCGCUCGGCCUCACUGCGAUGGCCGCGCUGGACAGGGUGAAGGUCCUGGUGCUGGGAGACUCAGGCGUUGGGAAGUCAUCGCUGGUCCAUCUGCUCUGCCAGAACCGAAUUCUCGGGAACCCCUCCUGGACCGUGGGCUGCUCGGUGGACGUGAGGCUGCACGACUACAAGGAGGGCACGCCGGCCGAGAAGACUUUCCACGUGGAGCUCUGGGACGUCGGCGGCUCCGUGGGCAGCGCCAGCAGCAUCAAGAGCGCCCGCUCCAACUUCUACAGCUCCUCCAACGGCAUCAUCCUGGUGCACGAUCUCACCAACAAGAAGUCUCUGCAGAACCUGCACCGCUGGCUUCUGGAGGCGCUCACUCGAGAAUCCACGCCUACCGCUGUCCUUGUCUCCAACGGGGACUGCUUUGACCGCGAGCAGUUUGCCGAGUCCCAGGUGCCGCUGCUCGUUAUCGGCACCAAGCUGGACCAGGUGGCCGAGAGCAAGCGCGCCCAGGUGCUCUCCCGCGUCUCCUUCCUGGCCGAGGACCUCAGUGCCGAGGAGAUCCACCUGGACUGCACCAGCCCUCGCUAUCUGGCCGCUGGCUCCUCCAACGCCGUCAAGCUCAGUCGCUUCUUCGACAAGGUGAUUGAGAAGAGGUAUUUCUGCAAGGAGGGCGUCAGUCAGCUGAGCGCCUUUUCUGAGCGCCGACGUUUCGGGGGCAGCAGCAGCAGCGGCGGCGGCGGCGGCUACGGGCGCUCGCACCACGACUGAGCGGCGGCUCAACGAAACCACGGCGACAAGCAGCAUCUCCGCGGUUACAGACGUCGCCGUGGAUACGAACGUCACCGUGGAUACAGACUUUAUCACCCGCCACGACUACUGAGCGGCAGCUGCAGGCGGAGCAGAACAACGGCUACAGGUCUCACCGGCGCAACCGAAACCACGGCUGUGGGCUGCGUCUCCAUGGACACGGACUGCUUCACCGUAGCGGAACCAUGGCUACAGAUGGCAUCACCAUGGCGACAGUCGGCAUGAGCGUGGUCACAGGGCGAGUCGCCAUGCUUACACGCUGCGUCGCAGUGACUCUACCGUGGCUACCAGUGGCACCGCUGCGGUCACAGGCGGCAUCGCCACGGCUACAGCUGCAUCGCCAUCGGAUACGCAUCGCAUCACAAAGACUGGACCGUUCCUGCAGUUGGCAUAACCAUGGUUUACGAAUAGCAUCACCAUGGCCACAGGCUAUCUGCCUGUGGCCACAGUCGCCUCUGCUCUGCCGCUCCCCGUCUAUGAUGGGCAGUCGUCGCUAAUUGGCUUUGGUGGUUGGGAUUGGAAGUAUGGUGGGGGUGGGCGGGGGGCUGGGGCAAUCGUAGCUGUUUGUAAAUUUUCAGAUUUUUGUAAAUGUGGAGGGGAGCCUGUGAUUUUCUUCGUUCCGCGUUUGCAGUGAAACUCUGAGCUGUAAAUGGCGGCGAGCGCUGGACCCCUUGUGCGUGAGUGACGGGCGUCUGCGUGGCGCGGUCGGGGCGGGGCCUGGUGCUGUCCGCAACUCCUGUGCCUUAAAUCGGCGGGCCAGCUGGGUUGGUUUUAUGGCCAAUGGGGUCGUUGUAGGGCCAGUGGGGUGGUUGUAGGGCCAGUGGGGUGGUUGUAUGGCCAAUGGGGUGGUUGUAGGGCCAGUGGGGUGGUUGUAGGGCCAGUGGUGGGGUUGUGGGGUCGUCGUGGGGUCGUUAUAGAGCCAGUAGAGUCGUCGUAUGGCCGGGCGAGACAUGUGAGAGCAACAACAUCCCACGACGGUGCUAGCGCUCCACCAUCGACACGUGUUGCCAACCCUUACCACUUUGAAACGUUGAGCGCGAAAAACGCGACGCCGCCGUCACGCCGCCCGGCUGCGCUCGCUCGCCAUUGGGCUCCGCGUCGUUCACUUUGUGUUCACGUCGCUCUGUCUGCGUGUCGUACGUCGUGAAGCGUUAACAAUCGAUUAGAAUACAUGGAUCAAUGCGCCAUCGCUUGACCUCGUGACCUCUUCCCUUGACAUCGCCUUGGGGGUUCAGUUCACAGCGGGAGAAGGAGCGAGUGCAAGUACGAGUGAAUGAGUGAACGAGUGUCGGUGAGCGAGCACGCGGAAGAGCGAGACGGUGUGUGUGUGCGGAGCGGUGGCGGAGUGGUUAGCGCACUGCACCACGAACCCGGUCGGUUGGUGCACUGCACUACAUACCCCGGUGACCCCAAUUAAAUUAUCGGUGACGACCAACAG